AUCAAAGUUAUACUCAUGAAACUUGUUGGGUCAGGUCGGUUCUCCGGCAGCCAUUUUACCUUUCUGUUCCAAACCCAAAUCACGAAAUCAGCAGAGAGCAAACCCCUUCACCGGCGUCCACUGCAGCCGUUCUUUCAUUCUCACCCACCUAGAAUCACUUCAGUCGAAGGCAUGAGUGCAUUCAAAGCUUACAAGGCUUGUGCCCCCAUUGCUUGGAGCCCUAAUCUCUAUAUAACUCUGGUGAGGGGCAUUCCGGGGACAAGGAGGCUCCAUAGGCGUACUUUGGAAGCACUACGCCUGGGCAAAUGCAAUCGAACUGUAAUGCGAUGGAACACACCUACUGUUAGGGGAAUGCUUCAACAGGUUUUAACAGAAGCUCUACACAAGUCCAUUAUCUGCUGGAAACAACUUAUCUCCCUUUGCCCGCAAACAGAAGGACGAAGCCCACCUAGCCCUCCGCUGGUCAUAAAUCAUCAACCUGCUGCUGCUGCUGGUGCCUCAUAAAUCAUAGUAAUCUGCUGUGUUCUUAAAAUGUUGUCUCUUUGCUGCUAGUUCUAUCAGGUGCAGAAGUUGAGAGCUUUGGCCUCAAAUGAAUAAACUCUUGCUUUAAAGAUCAUAUUUUUAGUUUGAUAUAUACUUUGUAGUGUUUUCAACAGAUAAACAUUAGUCAAAUUUUGGCUUCUGCUUAUGAAAAGGGGCUGUUAAGAGGUUCCUUACUUUCUUUAA